AUGAAGUCUCUUGUGUUUCUGGCCGUUCUAGGCUUGGCGUUGGCCCAGGAUACCGGCAAAACCACGAGAUAUUGGGACUGUUGUAAGCCAUCGUGCGCAUGGCCCGGAAAGGCCACACUGAAGCAGGGCCCCAGCAAGACCUGCGACGUCAAUGACAAGCCCUUGAGCGACGGAGGCAACACCCAAUCCGGUUGCAACGGCGGCGGCUCGUACGCUUGCUCCACCGACCAGCCUUGGGCCGUGGAUGACAACCUGAGUUACGGAUUCGCGGCCGUGAAACUGGCCGGAAAGCAGGAGUCGGAUUGGUGCUGCUCUUGCUACGAACUGACCUUCACUGACGGUCCCGUUGCGGGCAAGAAGUUCGUCGUCCAAGCCACCAACACCGGCGGUGAUUUGGGCUCCAACCACUUCGAUCUGAUGAUCCCCGGAGGCGGUGUCGGCAUCUUCAACGGCUGCCAAGCCCAAUGGAAGUCACCAGCUGACGGAUGGGGACAGCGUUACGGAGGAGUCAGCUCCAAAGCCGAUUGCGCUACCCUCCCUAAGGCUUUGCAACCCGGCUGCAACUGGCGCUUCGACUGGUUCAAGAACGCCGACAACCCAGGCAUGACCUUCAAGAGAGUCAAGUGCCCAGCCGCCAUCACCGCCAAGAGUGGCUGCAUCCGUUCCGACGAUGCUUAA